AUGUCGUCUUUCGAGCCGGUGGUCGUCAUCGACGGCAAGGGCCAUCUCCUUGGUCGUCUCGCCUCCAUCGUGGCCAAGCAGCUUCUCAACGGCCAGAAGAUCGUCGUUGUCCGCACCGAGGCCCUCAACAUCUCUGGCGAGUUCUUCCGUGCCAAGCUCAAGUACCACGCCUACCUGCGCAAGAUGACCCGUUACAACCCGACUCGCGGUGGUCCCUUCCACUUCCGCGCCCCGUCGAGAAUCUUCUACAAGACCGUCCGUGGCAUGAUCCCCCACAAGACCGCUCGCGGUGCCGCCGCCCUUGAGCGCCUCAAGGUCUUCGAGGGUAAGAAGAUGGUCGUUCCCCAGGCCCUCCGUGUCCUCAGAUUGCAGCCCGGCCGCAAGUACUGCACCGUCGGCCGUCUGUCCCACGAGGUCGGCUGGAAGUACCAGGACGUCGUUGCCAGACUCGAGGAGCGCCGCAAGGCGAAGGGUGCUGCCUACUACGAGCGCAAGAAGGUCGCUCAGCGCCAGCUCUCCGACGCGAAGAAGAACGCCAAGGUCGACGAGAAGACGGCGCAGGCCCUCGAGGCCUUCGGCUACUAA